UAUAUUUCAUAUUAUAUUUCAUAUUUUAUUUUAGGGAAUGGCCUUUUCUCUUCAAGAGAGACAAAUAUUAGGUAUUCAUGGUCUUCUUCCAGCAGCUGUGAAAAGUCAGGAUGAACAACUAGAACUCUGCCGUUUAAAUCUGGAUCGUUAUGAUAAUGAUUUAUCAAAAUAUAUAUAUCUAAUAGGAUUAUUAGAUAGAAAUGAAAAGCUUUUUUAUCGUUUAUUGGAACAGAAUGUAGAGAAAAUGAUGCCUUUGGUGUAUACACCUACAGUAGGUUUAGCAUGUCAGAAAUUUGGUCUGGUUUACAGAAGACCACGUGGUCUUUUUAUAUCUAUACAUGAUAAGGGUUAUGUUUAUGACAUUUUGAAUAAUUGGCCUGAACAUGAUGUAAGAGCUAUUGUUGUUACUGAUGGUGAAAGAAUAUUAGGAUUGGGUGACUUAGGAGCAUAUGGAAUGGGAAUACCAAUUGGAAAACUAUCUUUAUAUACUGCUUUGGCUGGAAUUAAACCUCAUCAAUGUUUACCAAUUACUUUAGAUGUUGGUACAAAUACUCAGUCAUUACUUGAUGAUCCUCUUUAUAUUGGCCAUAGGCAUAAACGUAUUACUGGUAAAGAAUAUGAUGAUUUUCUGGAUGAAUUUAUGGAAGCUAUCAUUAAAAGAUAUGGACAGAAUACUUUAAUUCAGUUUGAAGAUUUUGGAAAUGCUAAUGCAUUCAGAUUACUUAAUAAAUAUCGUGAUCAUUACUGCACUUUCAAUGAUGAUAUCCAAGGAACUGCUUCAGUUGCUGUAGCUGGUUUACUGGCAUCUCUUCGUGUUACGAAUACAAAGUUAUCAGAAAAUACAAUUGUCUUUCAAGGUGCUGGAGAGGCUUCAUUAGGUAUUGCAUGGUUAUGUGUCAUGGCAAUGCAAAAAGAAGGUAUUAGUAUAGAGGAAGCCAAAAGUAAGAUCUGGAUGGUUGAUUCAAAAGGAUUAAUUGUUAAAAAUCGCAUAAGUGGUGGAUUAACAGAGCAUAAAUUACAUUUUGCUCGAGAUGAUAAGCAUAUAGAUUCUUUAUUAGAAGUUGUCAAAUAUGCAAAACCUACAGUACUUAUUGGUGCUGCAGCAGUUGGUGGUGCUUUUACCACAGAAAUAUUAGAAGAAAUGGCAAAUAACAACGAAAAACCUAUAAUAUUUGCUCUCAGUAAUCCCACAAGCAAAGCAGAAUGUACUGCUGAACAAGCAUAUAUUGCUACAAAGGGAAGAUGUAUAUUUGCUAGUGGAUCACCAUUCGCACCAGUAACAUAUAAUGGUAAAACUUUUUAUCCUGGCCAGGGAAAUAACAGUUAUAUUUUCCCUGGUGUUGCAUUAGGUGUGAUAUGCUCUGGUAUGCGCACCAUCCCUGAAAAUACAUUCCUUAUUGCUGCAAAAUCAUUGGCCAAUAUGGUUUCUAAUGAAGAUUUAGAAAAAGGAAAUCUGUAUCCACCAUUGCAAGAUAUUCAAAAAUGUUCAUUAACAAUAGCUGUUGAUGUGAUGAACUAUGGUUAUGAAAAUGAUAUUGCUACAGUUCAUCCUCAGCCCAAAGACUAUAAAGAAUUCAUUAAAGCACAAUUAUAUGAUACAACUUAUAAACCAUCAAUUCCUCCAAUAUAUAAUUGGCCUAAUUUGUAAUUUUGACUAUCAUCGUGUUAUAUACGAGGUUUUAAUAAAAUCUGAAUAGAUCGAUUGUUUAGAUGAACGCGAUAUUUAUAUAAUGGUAUAUUUUUUUUUUUUUUAUUUGUCAUGAUAUUGUAAGAAUCUGUUGAGCAGGUUCGAAUAUAAUAACUAUUAUAUGUAUAUGUAUGAGCUAUGUAUGAAUGUGUAUUAUAAAAAAGUAAUUUGAACAAAAAUAUAUAUAUAUAUAUAUAUAUAUAUAUAUAUAUCUUAUUAUUGUAUAAACGUAUCGUAUUUGAAUGUUUUAAAUUAUUGGGAUGAAAAGUAAGAUUUAUCAAUGGAAAAUAAAUUUCAAGUGAUUAUUUGAAAGAAAUGUGUUUAUUGCUACUCGAAACAGUAUUUUUUCACAGUAUUCAGAUAUAUAUUCCUUUUUCUUUUUGUACGAGCAGCAGGAUGUGAUAAGAUUCCGUCAUGUUGUAUGUAUAAGAACUAAAAGAGACAAACAAGAUGUACAUAAGUGGUAAGAGUUCCAUAAUUUUUAAGAAUACAUUCCUAUAUUUAAACAAAAUAAAAGCAGAGAUGUUCUUAGGCACGUAAAUCCGCAUUUCUUUUUUAAAGAUAUGCGACAUACGCGUAAAACUUCCAAUAUUAAGUGUAUUUAAAAAACAAUCUAUCUGGCUUAGCCAUUUAAUCGAAUCGACGAAACUUAAAACACACAUGAUUGUCUGCAACAUCGUAAAACAAUGCAACGAAAUUCAGAUAUAUAGUGAACCCAAAAAAAAAGAAAAUUUCAUAUUAGCCAUAUCCUAAAGCAUCGAAAAAGAUACAUUAGCACUUUCUAAGACAAAUCGUAUGCUAUAUCUUAUGAUU